CCGGUGUGGAUGAUGGCAGACAAAUGAACGGAGGAGUAGUAACUUGAUCAAGAUGUUUAUGAUUGCCGUUUCAGGUGGAUACUUGAUGGGGUCUUGCAGUAGAUGACGAGGAACAGAAAGGACUCUCCGGAUCGAUAUGGCCUCGGACGAUGAAAUCAAUCUGCUGGUCAUAGUUGUGGAUGUCAAUCCGAUAUGGUGGGGACAGCAAGCGCAGAGGGAACCAGAGUUCACACUUUCCAAAUGUCUGGACGCGGUUCUUGUGUUGGGGAACUCGCACCUGGCCAUGAGCAGAACCAACAAGUUGGCGGUCAUCGCCAGUCACUGCCAGGGCAGCCACUUUUUGUACCCCAGUAAGAACUCUAAAACCGGAACGAACGACGAGGAGGACUCUCCAUCAAGUGGUGAUGGGAAGUACGAACUUUUGUCAGUUGCAAACAACACAAUUGCUGAAGAGAUCAGGAACCUCAUGUCAAACAUUGAAGUGAGGGGAAAUUUGACAGACACCUUGCUCGCAGGAUCUCUCGCCAUAGCCCUCUGCUACAUUAACAGAGUCGCAAAGGAACUGGAAGCUGGUCAGGAGAUGAAAACAAGGAUACUGGUGGUAAAGGCAGCGGAUGACUCCACCCUCCAGUAUAUGAACUAUAUGAACGUGAUCUUUGCUGCGCAGAAGAAGAAUAUCCUAAUAGAUGCAUGUGUGUUGGCCUCAGACUCAGGCCUCCUGCAGCAGGCCUGUGAUAUAACUGGAGGACUGUACCUGAAGAUACCCCAGAAAGUUGCUCUAGCUCAGUAUCUUCUGUGGGUGUUCCUGCCGGAUGGAGAUCAAAGGUCACAGCUGGUUCUGCCACCACCUGUACACGUGGAUUACAGAGCUGCAUGUUUCUGUCAUCGAAAUCUCAUUGAAAUUGGAUACGUCUGCUCAGUUUGUUUGUCAAUCUUCUGCAACUUCAGUCCUAUCUGCACAACAUGCGACACUGCCUUUAAAAUUCAGCUUCCUCAAAUUGUCAAGGCGAAGAAGAAGAAACCCAAGAUGACCUAACCUCUGCAGGGAGUUCAGUCACAUGUGAAAUAGCUCCUUGGUGUUUGUUCCAAAUAGAUUGAUCACGAUGACUUACUUAUUGAAAACCUUCAAUUAUGAACAUAUUUUGUUUUGUUUUUCUUAUCUGACAAAGAAACCUGUAAGCUAAUGUGGCUCAGGUGGAUGGUGAAAAUUGAUCUUUUCUUUAAACGAAGGAAGUUUGUUACCAAAAUGAAGCUUCAAUUUCAUUUUCCAACCAUUUUCAAAUUAGGUCUUGGAGGUUAAAAAAAAACUUCAUCUGCUCUGUUACUUUUAAUGGACAGUUGAUUUUGUUGUGGAAGAAAAGUGAACGAUCAUGCCUCUCUUUUUGCGGCUGACAUAGUAUACUAGUUGUAGGAGCCUUAACUAUGACUGUUUUGUUGGUAGUGUAUUUUAUUUACCACUACAUGUCACCCUUUGCCACUGUUUUAUUCCAGUGGAAGUGAUUAUGAGUGUCAUCUGACUUCAA